GUUUCGGCCUGUGAUUUAUCCUGUAACAAAAGAUUUUUUGAACAGUUUGGUUAGUUUUUUUUUUGUGUGUGGAAAUAUCUAUGGUUUUUAUAACUGUAUUACUUAAUCGUAUUUCAUAAAUUGAAAGCAUGAAAAAAAAAUGAAAAAAAUACACAAUUUAUCGCCAGACAUUCUUCAUGCAUAUUUUUAUCAUGCAUAAUGCAUAAUAUUGUCUUUUUUUCAGUUUCCACGACUAGAACAAGACUGGAGAAACAUUUCUCAGAGAUUUCAGGAACUCUGGAACUUUCCCCAUUGCCUUGGGGCCAUUGACGGCAAGCAUGUUUUAAUAGCAUGGUGCUAUUAGCCUUAGUUGAUGCAAACUAUCGUAUUUUAAUGUGCGAUUUCGGAACAAAUGGCAGGGUGUCUGAUGGUGGUGUAUUACAAAAUACCAAAUUUUUUGAAAAACUACAAAAUAAUCUCCUGAAUAUUCCUGGAGAAGAAACUAUCCGGAAUACCGACAGAAGCCUACCAUAUGUAUUCAUAGGAGAUGAUGCAUUUCCAUUGAGGGUAGACCUAAUGAAACCUUUUCGACAGGCAGCCUUGACUUCUAGGGAGAAAAAAAUUUACAACUACCGUUUAUCACGAGCUAGACGUAUUGUGGAAAAUGUAUUCGGAAUAUUGGCUGCCAGAUUUCGGAUAUUUCACACUUGCAUUAAUUUAGAACCGCGAAAUAUUGAAUCCGUUGUAAUGGCAUGCUGCAUGUUACAUAACUUUUUGAUAGUUAAGUCAUCAACAACAUAUAUUCCUCCAGAGUGCUUAGACUAUGAUGAUACGGAAGAAGGUGUGACACAUUUUGGAUUGAAUUCACAAGGUUCUAAUAUGGCUAGCUUGCAACGAAGACCAUUUGGAAAUACAACGAAUGCAGCAAAAGAAGUUAGGGAGGCCUUUAUGAGUUAUUUUACGAAUGAGGGUAGAGUUUCUUGGCAAGAUAGAUUCAUCCAAUAAAAACUUACCUACUAAUAAUACUAUUUUAUAGGGUGGUCCAAAUUGGUCGCUCUCUUAUGGGAACACCCCUGUUUGCCCCUCAGGCACUGUGGUACAUUUGUUCCUAUCUCUUCAAAUAAAGAGUGUUCCCAUAAAAGAGCGUCCAAUUUAAACCACCCUAGAAAUAUACACAAAAAAAUGUGUGUUUAUUCAAUAAAUAAACAAACAAAACUACUGAAUGUUUCUGUCACUUACCUCAUUUUCGCUUUCUUCGU